GUAGGUACUCUGUGUCUCUCAGGGUAAGUCCAGCAUGUAUGAUGGUAGAUAGAAAGUACUUCCAUGAGGAUGACAGUUACCUUCAUCCAUCAUGUUUAGAUGGCUACUGAAUAUGUCAACCAUUCAGCGCCAGGGUUUUGUAAGUGACGUCCAAAGGUGCAGCAGGAGUUAAUGAUAACGCUUUGGUAGAAAAGCUGCAGGUCAGCAGGCGAGCCGGCCAGGAGCAAGCCAGGAUGAACUUUGACGACACCUUAGAGGACGUUGGCAGCUUUGGAACUUUUCAGCUCGUUCUCAUCGUCCUGCUCGCUAGCCCGCGGAUCGUGCUCCCGUGUCACUUCCUGCUCAAUAACUUCAUCGCGGCGGUUCCCCCUCACCGCUGCGACAUCAGCCAGCUGGACCACGGGGCUCUCUGGAGGAACUUGAGCGAGGCCCAGCGGGUGGCCGUCAGCGUUCCUCUGAACGACGAUGGCGAGCCGCAAGGCUGCAGGAUGUUUGCCACACCUCAAUUCCAAAUGUUGGAAAACAUUUCUGAUGCCGACAAACUUCCGACGACCGCCUGUCAGCACGGAUGGACUUACCUCAACCACAGCUCCUCCUUCUCGCUGGCCACCGAAUGGGAUCUGGUGUGUGACUGGAAACAUCUCCCCAAGAUGACCAGCACCAUCUUCUUCAUUGGGGUCAUGAUGGGCGCCGUGGUGUUCGGCGUGUUGUCUGACAAUUACGGGAGGAAACGCUGCCUCUUGGCGUCGUACAUCAUCGGCAUGACGUUUGGCUUCUGCAGCGCCUUCGCAAAGUCGUACGUGAUGUUUGCUGCUCUCAGGUUCCUGUCUGGGGUCGGACUGACGGGGAUCAGCAUCACCGCCUUCACCCUCAACAUGGAGUGGGUGGACGCGGCCCACAGGUCGUUAGUCUGCGUGAUCUCUAGUCUGAUGUGGUCCUUGGGCAACAUGCUGCUUGGCGCCUCGGCCUACCUGGUCCAGGACUGGCGGGCCCUGGUCAUGACGGUGACGUCACCCCUGAUCCUCGCUACCCUCACGUGGUGGUGGCUUCCGGAAUCUUCUCGCUGGCUUUUGGCGAACGGGCGAGUGGAGGAGGCGGAGUUCUACCUGGACAAAUGUGCAGCCAUGAACAAGAGAGGAAAGUUAUCCACCAAACUCAAACUGCAGGUGAAGCCCAGCAAGGUUCAAAAGUAUACGUACCUUCACCUGGUGAAGACACCAAAGCUAAGGCGGCUAACGCUAAUCAUGGGACUGGUGUGGUACGGCGUGGCGGUGACUUACUAUGGGAUCAGUUUGAAUAUCGUUGGCUUCGGUGUGAACAUUUAUUUAACUCACUUCAUCUUCGCCGCCAUCGAAGUUCCUGCCAAGCUGCUGAUUUAUGUUUUGAUUAACAAGAUUGGCCGCAGGAAGUGUCUCGCUGGAACGCUCAUACUGACAGGAAGUUGCAUCGCCAUCAACAUCAUUCUGCCCAAAGAUUUGUGGCAUUUGCGUUCUGCUGUGGCCAUCAUAGGUAAAGGAUUAUCUGAAGCGUCCUUCACCACAGUCUUCCUGUACACCACAGAACUGUUCCCUACUGUACUCAGACAGAACGGUUUAGGCUUCACAGGUUUCACCAGUCGAGUGGGCGUGUCCGUGGCGCCGCUCAUCCUGCUGAUGGAGGAGGCGUGGCUUCUCCUUCCUCAGGUGGUCCUCGGCGUGGGCGCCGUCGUGUUCGGCCUGGUGGCCAUGUUGCUGCCUGAGACGCUCGGCGCCAGGCUGCCCGAGACCAUCGACGACGUGGAGAAGCGCGGCCCCGCCCCCACGAAGCCCUCAGGUGUCCUUCUGGGAGCAACAAUGGAACAUGUUGAAGACCACAAAGAAUGAUGUAUAUAUAUAUGUAUAUAUAUAUAUAUACAUAUAUAUAUAUAUAUGAACAUUACAAGUAUAUCCACCUGAGCCGCCAUUGGCUGAGAUUCCUCUUAGUCCCGCCCACUGACUUUGAUGGCUGACUUUGACAGAUCAAAUACAUUCAUUCAAGAAUAAUUAAUGAAAUAACGUAUGAAAUAAACAUAUACAUAUAA